AUGUGCGCUAAUGACGUUAAUGCCAAAGCUAUACAACAACUUUGGGACAAAGGAAUACGAAGUGCAAACAAAAUAAGAAAGCGAACAAACCUCCCAAGGUCCACCAUAUAUUUCAACAUUUCCAAACUAAAAAAAAAUGGAAGUGUAGCACAUCAGAAACGCAGUGGUCACCCCACAAAAAUCUCCUCCAGAAUUACCAAGGCCCUUAUAAAGCAAGUAAAAAAAGAACCUUCGAUAUCCACAAGGUCUUUGGCUGCAAAGAAAUAUCUUAAUCAUGACUGGAGGCGGACACUAUUUUCUGAUGAAACGGCUUUUCAGCUGUUUAGGAAUACUGUAGAGUAUUGGUUUAAGGAUAAAUGUUCUGUACGCAGAGUUCCAAAAGACAAAACCAAAAUCAAAGUGUGGGGUGGGUUUUAUUGUAAUGGUAAAACAAGUUUAUUUUGCUUCCGAGGAAUAAUGAAUGGUCUGUUUUAUGUUAAUAUAUUAGAAAACCACUUCCCUGAGGAAAAAAUUCCACAAGGUGUUUUAGAGAACCUUGUAGGAUCAAUGGGAAAGCAUUGUGAGCUUAUAAUUGAAAAAAAUAAGGAUCUUAUCAUGAAGUUAUUGCCUCGUGAAGUUGUCCAAUGA